AUUGAGAUGGAUUAGCAUUUACUAACCACUUCUUGUAGUGAUGAAGAUGAAGAAAACAACAACUUGAAAUAAGUCUAACUUGUUGUGUUCCCCAAAAGGUUUCUUAAUCCCCUUACAACCUUUAGAAUGAAUGGAGUAAUAUUCCUUUUUUAACUAAUUAACUAGGAUUUUCAUCUCUAUUCUGAUGCCAAAAAUAUUGUCUUCAAUAAUAAUCUUAAAUUGGGAGUUAGCAGCCAAAAUCCAUACAAAAAGGUCUCUAAGGUUUUGAUCGACAGAGGAAGACUGGUCAUUUAGUACACCCAAUUAGAUUUUUCGAUAACUCCAUGGGAAUAUGUUGUAAAAAAGUUGGAUAGUUAUGGCGACGCAGAUAUUCAUUAACUGAGUCGAUACAUUUAAAAAUACAAUGAAUCUCUUAAAGACGGGCUUCAACAAGUGUAAGGGUCAUUCGAAGUAUGUUUAAAAUCAUAACACAUAAUUAGAAUCCUGUACCUAACUACAGAGCCUCAGGACUCUAUCAAUACAAAUACAUCAAAGAUCUCGACCAGCUAUUUAUCUCCCAAGUCUAGUAUGACAUCAAACUCAUCGAAGAACUUGGCUACAAUAUAUUGUCAUUCAUUGAUUCGUGUCUGAAGUAUGGAAUUCCAGAGUAAUUAUUUCAUUUCAAUUCUUUCCAGGAUCUCUCUCAAGUACGGAAGUACAAAUUAAGAAUAUUACAAAAAUAUAAUGGAAUUUGCCAAGCCAUUAGCUCAUCCAGAAUAGACCCAAGAUUAUUAUUUAUAUUCUCAUCUAUAUCCAGAGGUAUUACUAAAUCUAAACUCAAAGGGGUUGAAGACAGAGGUAGCUUUGCAAGUUGAACACUUGUCGAACUCGACCGAAGAAGAGCAACUCAUCAACUUUAAUAUUUAUUACAAUUAUUAACCACAGUAAAAUUCCAUCUAAUUCAAUACUAAUGAUAAAAAGACCAAGCAACGGAAUUGCAUUUCCCAUUACUAUUCACUUCAAGAGAAUCAAUUUCAAAGAUGUGGAUAUAAAAAAGUGAAGAUUUGAACACUUAUUAUAUCUAACGACAAUCC